AUGAGCAAUGCUGGCCAUGUGCCGGCCGAGAAUUUCGACGUGCCCUCGGAUAGCUUGGAUGGCAAUGUCUCUGCACGCUGGCAGUUCGCUGCACGGCGCUGGCGCUACGCGAAUUACAACUGGUCACUCAAGCACACGUGGCCGAGCUCGCUGGAUGAAUUUGUGCGGCAGUGGGGCCUGGAGAGCUGGGCGCUACAGGUGGUGAAGGCUCUGCCCCGAGAGGUGCAGCAGGAGGCGGGCACUGCGCUCUCGCUGCUUUUGGAUGCAGCUGAUCUCUACUUACCAGAGUUUGUCUCGCGCAUGACGAUGCCGACCCUGCGCAAGGUCUUGCACGGGUUUGAUGGCAGCAGCACCCGGGAUGGCAAUAUUUCCCGACGCUUCCUGGGAUAUGUGCGCAGCAAGUGGGGGCAGCAUUACGAAUUGGACGAAGAGACUUGGAUGCAAUUGCAGCAACUGUAA